UUUGUUAACCACUGCGCCACGAUGGGAACUUCUUUAUCUUUAGAAAGAAAAAUGUAUGCUUUUAGGCAGAAACGAGAGGACAGAGAGAGUUCCUCCUCUGUCUGCUUUUUCUCAGUUGCCUUCAACUUAGAAUCAUCCUUAUGCCAAAGCAGCAUAUUUUGGGAGCGGUAUAUUCUGAUCAUCAGUCCCCACAAUAUAUAACACUGUUUCACAAGUGCCCAAAUAUUUGAGUCCUAUUAUAUGCUCAGCAUUAUAGGAUUGUCGGGCUGGAUCCUUGAUCUCAAGGAGCUUACAGCUACAUAUGGGAAGAAAAGCAUCUCAGCUUCAGACAAGGCCCUCAGUGGGAAUUGCCGCUCCUUGUAUUUGCACAGUUUCUAAGUUUACAGAUGCUUCCCACACACAGUCGUCUGCCAUUUGAUCAUCACCAACAGCUCUAUGAGGCAGCCUGUUUCUCUUAUUUCCAUUUUACAGAAAAUCAGAAGUCAAGCAACUCGCCCCAAAAUAUCCACCCUGGACAUAUAUAGCAUUUGCUAGUGGAGCUGGUACUGACUCAGAUCUGGAUUGGCCACCAAUCUAAACUGGCCCCCACCCAUCUUUGUUCAUUCACAUCAAUAUCACUAGGCAGAGACGCUCAAGGAAACUUACAUACCCUCAGUCUAUGACUAAUACAGGCUACUCAUCUAAAUCAGCUGGACACACGUCCCGUGGACAGUAUGUUCAAGCCUAAAGAAUAGAUCAAGUGAUAAGGGGCGUUUCCCAGGAUUUCCUUUGCCUGUUCGCUCCUGAUAAUGUCCCGAAGAGAACUAAACGCAUUUCACUGAGGACACCUACUUCAGAUCUAUUACAAAUCCCUAUCACGGGUACCUUUUUUUCCCCCCAGAAUUACUCGCCACACUGGGAAAUUUGGUAGAAAUAAGAGUUGGUGCUAACAGCCAUUUCCAUCAACCCUCUCCCCCCGAUGUAGAGACGGAAAAGUCAGACACUCAUUUCGCCAGACUUUGCGAUGAGGGGUGGUUAAGGGAAGGCUGCUCCCGCAGAGAGCAACUUUCUCGCGGUUUUUUUCCUCCCUAUAAAUGGAGAAACCUGAAAAAAGUUUCCUCUUGGCCUUCUGGCCAGCUCACGGUUUUCUACUUUGGCAUGAAGUUAUGGUAGGAUGCGAGAGUAGCAGCCAGGGGUCCAAUACAGCGGGAAUGGGGCUUGUGGAAUUAAGGGGCGGUAGGAGGAGUCGUGGGCUUGACCGGGCCGAGGUCUGGGGGACCCAAAGCUGCUGUUGUCGAGGGUGUAGGGCGGUCGCCCGGAAGGAAAGGGCGGCACAGCAGCGAGGCCCUGCCGCAUUUCCCAUUGCCGCCCCUGGGCCCUUCUCACUCCUGGGGCUCGGCUGGCCGGACUUUAGAACCCCGCCUAUUUAGGGCGGGGCUGGGCGAAAGGGUGGGGCUGCGCUGCCUCAGGGCGUGGCCUGUGGAACCUCAGAACUCUGCUGACUCGGGGCCAGGGCGCGCGUCUCCCGGCACGGGGUUCCUCCCACGCAGCCUCCCAUUCAAACGAUGCCGAAGGGGCGGCGCGGCAGUCAGAGCCCCAGGAUGAGCCAGCGGCCGGCUCCGCCCCUCUACUUCCCUUCCCUCUACGACCGCGGCAUCUCCUCUUCCCCGCUCAGCGACUUCAACAUCUGGAAGAAGCUCUUUGUGCCGCUGAAAGCGGGGGCGGGGCCAGCGGGCGGGGCGGCGGGGGCCCGGCCCCUGCCCCAGACCCCAUUGGUCUCAGCACCUCCGCCGCCGCCACCACCACCGCCACCACCCGGCCUGGGUCCCCGCAGUGAGCGCUCCUGUCCCCCGCCCUGGCCCUCUGGCCUGGCCUCCAUCCCCUACGAGCCUCUGCGCUUCUUCUACUCGCCACCGCCGGGGCCCGAGGUGGCUGCCUCGUCCUUGGCCCCUGGCCCCACGACACCCCGGCUUGCCUCUGCCUCCCACCCCGAGGAGUUGUGCGAGCUGGAGAUCCGGAUUAAGGAGCUGGAGCUGCUCACCAUCACUGGAGACGGCUUCGACUCCCAGCGCUAUAAAUUCUUGAAGGCGCUGAAAGAUGAAAAGUUACAAGGACUGAAGACCAGGCCACCUGGAAAGAAGUCAGCCUCUCUCUCCUGAGGAGCUGUCCCCUCCCCUCAACCCCAGCCUAGGCAGCUGCCGCCUUAGGUGUUAGUGCUUAGAUAAUGUGUCCCAUUUGUUGUCAUUUCAAAGAUCCUUAUUUUCUGUUCUGUA